CUUGACAGGCAGCUUCACAAUGCUGAUAAGACAUUACUGAGGAAAACCCAUCGCAUCGUGCCAAACAAUGCUGUGUCAUAUGACACCUUCGUUGCAUGUCCUGAAUGUUGCUCCGCCGAAUCGACCUGACCACUGCUUUCCAGCCACUGCCCCUCCAAGAUGAGACAUUCUUAGACGUCCAAGACUCCGUAGGAUUGUAUGAUGGAAAGUAUAAGAUACCACAGUAUCAGAAUGGGAGAGCAUAUUUGACUUCCCACCGAAUAUGCUAUGUCGACAACAACGAGCCCAGAAAGUAUUCGGUGUCCGUGGACCUGAAAGAUGUCGACACUGUGGAGUACUACGGCGGGUUUUUUAAAUCUUCGCCCAAAGUCACGCUUUACUCCAAAGCUUCCAAAACUACCACAUUACCUUCAAACAACUCGCCCCGGACUCCCGCUGCCUCACCAGCUAGGCAAGGAUCUCCGGCUUUGUCGCUGGUUCCAGCCCCAGCUCUCAACUCAAAUGCCACCUGGAUCUGCCCUAUCGACGGCUUCUCGAAUCCAAUUCCAAUCAACUUCGAUCCUGCGACCGCAAACGUGCACACAAACAUACCGCCAUGUCUGGCUUGUGGAGUGAAACCAUCAGUGGCACAUGUAGUCAAAGCUGCCCUGACCCAGAUGUCGCACAGACAAGCGGCAACCACGAGCCCUAUGUUAGAACCGUCUAGCAGCAAGCUAAAUAAGGUUGCCUGUCCACGAUGCACGUUCGAAAAUGACGCUGCACUGCUUGUAUGUGAGAUUUGUAGCGCCAAUCUCCCUGCAGCUGCGAAUAAGCGACUAGAUCUAGAGACACCCCUGCGUUCUGAAUCCCCAGCGCCGACCCUGCAGAAUCUCAACAUAGGAGAGGAUAUGCCGAGUAUUAAAUUGUCUUUUCGUUCGAACAACGGCAAAGAAGAGGAGUUCUACAAGAAGCUGAAACAUGCUUUAGUGCAGAGAAAAUGGCUUCUCAUGAGCGCACCGCCCAUCCCGCAUCCACAGCAGCGCCCAUCAUCCCCUCAUAAUACCCUCACACGUCGUCCGAGUGACAAUCUCGUCGGCUUGGCAGGCCUUGAGCGCCGCGGACAACAGCUUCGCCAAACAAAUGAAAUGAUUCUUGGCAAUGCCUUCGAAGAUCUCGAGGCCUUAAUGACAUCUGCAAAAGAGGUCAUAGCCCUCGCAGAACGCUUCAGUACACAAGCUCGAAAUACCCACGGGGUCAGCUCCGAAGCAAACGCAAUUCUUUCUCAUUCAGCAUCGGCACUCGGCAUCGCUACGACCAAGGAUACAUUGGGUUCUGAUAAUCUUUACAUUUCCGAGCUAUCUCGUAAUAUUGCUGAGUUUCUCACAGACGACGCAAAAGGUGUACUCAAACGCGAGGGAGGCAUUAUGUCGCUCGUCGAUCUCUGGGCAGUUUUCAACCGUGCUCGAGGUGGUGUUGAACUUGUUUCUCCAGCUGAUUUCGUUAAAGCCGCCGAAAUGUGGGAUAAGCUUUCUUUACCGGUGCGGCUGCGAAGAUUCAAAUCCGGACUUCUUGUUGUACAAGGUCGAGAUCGUACAGAUGAGAAGACAAUCCAGAGUAUUUUGUCUUGGAUGCAGAUGUUUCAUAAAGGUCCUUCCGAAGCGGGUGCGAACUGGGAUUGGCGCUUGUUUGGGAAAGGAGUCACUGUGCAGGAGGUGGCGACAUGGUUCUCGUGGAGCGUGGGCGUUGCCCAGGAGGAGUUGGAGAUGUGUGAGGAGAAAGGAUACUUGUGUCGAGAGCAAGGCGUAGACGGAAUAAAAUUUUGGGAGAAUUGGAUUGUCAAUCUAGAGACUUCUGAGAAGUAACCACUAUCUAAUCUACCAGAGAGUUGACACAGAGAUGAAGAACAAUAUCAAUACAAUAUGUUGAUUGAACAGAUAGAUCCAAUACCCUGCCGCAACUUCUUCACAACGACAAGAAUAGCG